AUGGUAAAGCAGCUCUUCAGCUCUGACAUUGGGCUGCCGCCGAAUUCGUACAUCUACAGGAUCAUCUCUACCGCGGCACGGACAGGUCCACUCGCCUACUCUAAGAUAGAUCAGCUUGCCAUCAUCGCAUCCGAUGACUCGUUGCGCUUCUUGAGUCCAGACUUGAGAACGGUCGACGUUCGCAAAAACGCCAACAACAGCAUCACCUGUCUGGAGAGGGGUAACGAUGGGCACAGCAAUGUUGUAACAACUGCAGGACGAGAUGGCUUGAUCAGGCAUUGGGAUAAGCGGACCAGAGAAAAGGUCAUGGAGAUCCAAAGUCCAAGCAAGCUAAUCUCAGCACUUGUGUGCAACACAGAAGUCAACUUCGUGGCUUGCGGUAUCGAAAAUCCUGACGAUGGUGCUCACGAGUCGCCUGUCUAUGUCUGGGACCAGCGCAACACAUCAGCACCUCUCCGCUCAUUCCUGGAAUCUCACACAGAUACCAUUACAUCUCUCCAGCUACACCCGGAUCACCCAACUCUACUCCUCUCAUCUAGUACGGACGGUCUUGUGAACAUCUUCGACACAUCACAGGCUGAUGAGGAUGAUGCCUUGUACCAGGUCAUGAACCAUGGAUCUGCAAUCGCCCAUGCUGGGUUCAUGUACCCAAGCACCGAAAUAUUCGCGCUCGGUACUGACGAAACAAUGAGCUUCUACGCUUUGCAGAGUCAGAAAGAGGAGGAAGAGGAGCCGGCGCCAAAGGCCUUUGGCGAUGUGAGAGAGCCUCUGGGCUGCGAGUAUCUGGUGAAGAUGCAUUGGGUCGGUAACCAGCCGGUAAUUGCAGCAGGAAAGCACAGUGAGAGCCGUCUCGAUCUCGUACCAGUAUACAAGGGUGCAGGUGUGUUGCAGUACGGCUACGACCUUACGAAGAGCGUCAGACUGCCGGGUGCACACGGCGAGGAGGUUGUGCGAGAUCUGUUCACAGAUACACACACACAGGCGACGUACACAGUCGGCGAAGACGGCCAGGUUCGCGCUUGGAAGACCGAAAUAUCUGCCGAUGAGACCAUGGACAUCGACGAAGGAGCCGGACCGAAGAAGAAGGAAAAGAAGGACCGAAAAGAGAAGCGGAGAGACAAGAAAGACAAGAGAGACAAGAAGCGCUUCGAGCCGUACUAA